AUGUUGAUCGAACAAAUCCCAACUUCAUCCUCAUCUUCCAGUGCCCGUGCCGACAGUGAUAGCCAAGAAGCCUCCUCCCAAGCCCAAAUAGAAAACCCUAGCCCACCUACACCUACCACCGCUCCACUCCAAACAAGCGACGCCGCUCCACUACCCGAGGUGGACAAAGAAGCCCAACGGAGCUUGACAAGAAUCCUUUGGAGCAUGCCCUCCGAUACAGAUAUUUCCACCGUUUACGCCACCCUUAAGGCCCGACUUGUAAUAACUCUGUCAAAGGACAAGGCCGCACCCUCCACAUCCCAAAAUCCUCCCCGAAACCCUCCAUCUAUCUCCCAAACACAAGCUCCCCUUCACACCACUGAACCUACACCCGUCAUUCCCCUAGUACAGUACAGUGGGGACGAUUCUGAGGAAGAAGGGGCGCAGCCGGCCGCCACUCCCUCCACCACAGCGGAAUCCGUGCCACCACCACAUGCAGAGGGAACGACUGCUCUCAACGCUUGUACACCACCAAGUGUUGGAGGGUCCAACUCCCCUACUCUCCGAGGGCCGGCACAACCGAUCGAGGUUGUGAACAUUGACGACGAUUCUGGGGAGGACUUUCUGCCCCCCAGCGAAAUAUUACAACAAGGGGAGGCAGACUGGAACUUCUUUCCUCAUGCAGAGGAUGAAUCGGUCCCGGAUAGGGAGGAGGAGCAGCUGCGCCGCAGGUCGCAUGGAAUGGAAAUCAAUCGAAUGGUGGAAGAGGUGAAGGCCAGGAUGGCCAGCAUGCAGAGGGCAGAGGAGGAACGGGUGGAAAGACUCCGCGUAGCACGGCGACUGUUGAAUGAGUCGGAUGAGCCAGAGACCCAAGGAGUCGUUGGGGCGAUAAACCAAGGGGCCGGAGAGGCCGUGGAAGAGAGAGGGGUUGUUGAGGACAGCCGCCAGGAAGCCGAGAAGAAAAGAAAAGGGAAGGAGACUGUUCUUCCUUCUCUGAAGAGGAUGCGUCUCGCAACCCGGGGCAUUAUGCUGAUAUUUGACAACCCCAAGUGGAAUGAGGAGAUCCACCAGAGGGAGACGCCCACAAAGCGGCUGAAGGCCGGCAAGAAACUCCACCAGCCAGCCCUGGCGACUAUCCGGGUUGAGGAGAAGUUUACCCAGUACAUUACUGGAAUUGGUUUUGACUGGCUGCUGGAGAUUGAGGAGACCUUCGUGCCAAAGAACCUGGCUAAGGAAUUUUUCACGUCCUUCCGGUUUACCGGGAGUACAAACUUGGAGGCCAUGAGCGUCUCCUUCCGGGUGUUCGGGCGUCAGCAGGAGAUGAGCCCGAAUGUGUUUUCUGUAAGGAUGAGACUCUAUACAGAGGCCAGGUCGCUAGUGGAGAAUGGUUAG